AAAAUAUACAGAGAUAUACUUUAAUACUUUUUAGGGCAAUCUUUUUUGAUUUAUUAUUUUUAUAGACCAUUUUUAUAAGCAAUAUUGUAUAUUUUUAAGUAUAUUUAAUAAGGUAAUAUGGAUCCAUUUGAAAUCGAAUUUAUAGGCGAAAACAGAAUAGUUAGUAUAAUACCAAACUUUUCACAUGACAAAAUAUUUUUAAUUUGUGGUGAAUUUGGACCGUUUCGUGCCGGUUUGCCAAUGAAUGUUCCUCUUUGGUUAGCUGUUAUGUUAAAACAGAAGCAAAAAUGUCGAAUGGUACCACCAGAUUGGAUGGAUAUAGAGGCAUUGGAGACUAUAAAAGAAGAAGAAAAAAUAUCUAGGUUUUUCACUAAAAUGCCCCAUGAACAUUAUAUGAUAGAAGCAAAACUUAUCCUAGGGGUAGCUGCAGAGGACAUACCACGGGCCGCUGAAAUAAAAACAAUUAUAAAAGAUAUUUGGGAUAUUCGUAUGUCUAAACUGAGAACUUCUAUGGAUGCUUUGAUGAAAUCUGGUGGUUCAUAUGGUAGACUAGAUCACUUAACAAUGAUGGAAAUAAACUCUGUGAAACCAUUGCUACCUCAAGCGAUGGAUGAAUUACAUAGAAUAAAAAUGAUGACAAGACAAACAUCAUCGUCCACUCUAAAUAGUUCAACAUUCAGUCAGUCAGGAAGCUCACAAAACAAAUGAUAUUUAACAAAUCAAACCUAUUGGGCAUCAGAAAGAGGGACCAUUAAAUCUCUUAGGCCAUGAUAUUUUACAAGGCAUGAGCAAAAUUUAAACAGUAUCAUAUUUUGGCCUAUUAUUCAAAAAUGAUAGUCAUACACAUUGGUUUAUUUGUCAGUCAAUUAUUAAUGCCUUGUCAUAAGAUGGGAGCAAUUUGCUAUUCACCAAAGUUCAAAUUUUUACCAAUGGGAGGCAAUUUAAGACAAUCAGUAUAUAUGUUAUUGCAGU